CAAGACCAUCCUUACCCAUGCCCGCCUUUUUUUUCACCCACUGUUGGCAUCGGCAUCUGCCUCAAGGAUCCUCCCCUCCCACACGACACCCUGAGCUUGGAUUAGGUAUUGGAAUCGGCACUGGACCUGGACUUGGACUUGGACUCUUCUCGGUGGUCUGGCAGAGAAGGACAGCAACAUCUUCCACCAAGAUUGAGACCGCUGAGAACAUGUCAUGGGAGUUGCCCGUCUUGACCACUCUCAUCCUCAGCGUACUUGGCUUCUGGUGGAUCUAUAGCCCUCGCGCCAGCUACCAGAAGGCCCUGCUCUACCUCUUGCUGUGCAGCAGUUUCACCGUCUUCUUUGAUCCUCGUCGUCUGAUCGAGUACCUAUCCCCCGCCACGGUCGAAGCAUUGCUGGAUUUCCGCAUCCAUGUUCUUUUGAUCCAUCACUCCAAGAUGGUCUUGACACUUGGUGCUGUCGUUUGGCUACUGCAUCGCUCGUGGCAGACGUUAUGGAAACCCGUUCCUGACCUCAUCAAUAUCCUCGGGGUCGACGUGCCUGAACCUCCCGAUGUUUCCCUCGCUGGCAUUCGAUCCGAUGCUGCUACUCUGAGCUGGACUCGCCCAACUAGUAAUCGGCCGGUACAAAAAUACACUAUCCAAGUCAAUGGCGUUCAUGGUCGGUCUUACUGUCGAGAUCUAUCUCGGAACCUUCGGUUGGGGAAAAUAUCAAAAACUGACUGACACGGUCCAUAUAGUUGGCGAAUCACCGGGAAACGAAGUCGCGAUCACUGUCACAGGACUGAAGCCAGAUCACUUUUACAAUAUCAGGGUCGUUGCUGUCGGCCCGAAUAACUUCCAGGCCGGAAGUCAAGUUUUACGACUUCGAACAUUCGGAAAAGAUGGCAGACCUCAGUUAGGUAACUCACGUGUACCUACCAGCUUUCCUAAUAACGACCACUCUCAUCCGAAAAAUGGCGAUGAAGAUGACGAUUCCGACUCGCAAAAGAAGCCUCCAGUUCCGUCUGUCGAGGCGGCCCCUGUGCUUGAUGGUAACAACGCGUCCACCUCUGACGUUAGCGCUACCGGUCCAAGUCAGCGACGAAAUACAGUCAAUCGACGACACUCCCCGUCCGUUGCCAGCAUGGACCAACCUCAAAUCAAGCUUCCACCUGUGGAUGGCCCGGAGCUAUCGCUGGACGAACUGAAUCGCCGAUUUGAAUCCACUCGGAAGGAAGUCGACGAGACUUUGGCUCAGUAUGCCAAGGAAGAGGCUGAACUACAGCAACAAGAGGAAGAGCUCAAGCAAGAGAAAGAUGCCAAGAGACAGGCGCUCAAAGAGAAGGAGGAGCAGACCGCUCAGCUCAAGGCCAGCGUCCGUACUACCAUGGAGCAAAUGCGUACAGCGGAGAAGGAUCGCGCGAGAAAAGAGCAGCAGUUGAAGGACAAGGAAAAUAAGAAGUCCAAGAUUCGAGAUACUGCUUCAAAGCUCGAGAAUGAGAUGGAGAGGAUGAAGAAAGAGAGGGAAGGAUUCGAAGCGCAGAAGAAAGAACUGGAAGCUAAGCGGGAUAAAGACGGCCAGGAACUUGACGACUCUAAUGCAGAGCUGCAGGAGAAAUGUGCUGAGCUAGAGGCCGAGCUGAAGGAGAAGGGAAAACAGCUCCAAGACCUCAAGGCUGCUCGAGAGCAACUUCCGGGUGGCGAUGAUGAACAGUGGAAGGAGAAUGACUUGAUCGUGCGAAGAGAGUGGGAUGCCAGGAGAAAGGAACUGCACAAUCAGCUCGUCGCCGAAACCAAGAAGCUUCAUAACCUUGAUCAGCAGAUACGCUUUCUCAAGGAAGAGCAGCAUCAGUUGGCGCUUUACUACAGCAGCCAACCAGACCCCACUGCCAUGGAGUUUGAGCCUGCUGCCUCCCAAGAUGCUCUCGAAAGCGGAAAUAUCAACUCUCUUUCCCACAUCAACUUGUCACCUCCGCCCAACCAAUUCGGCCCUCCCGAAGACUCAUUCUCAACUGGCUUUAGUCGGGCUGGAUUCAGUCAAAUAUUAUUCAUGGACCACAAUGCAGCCGACAACGCCGAUGAUCACCAGUCAGAAGCCGACUUCAGGGCGAACGCGGGACCACUCAGCCCUACAGCCCAUGCUCUUCUUCCUUCAGGUAUCUUUGACGAGACAUUUGAGGAUGCUGAAGAGCAUCUGCCUAGCCAAUUCUUGCCAGACUCUGUUACUGCUGCCGAGGAAGAUAACCCACAGUCACCACUGUCUUCCGAUGGACGCUCUCUGAACAUGUUUUCUAGUCCUCACGGCUCAUCACAUAACUUGCCCUUCCCCCAGUACAACGACGUGGACUCUCAUUCCUUGAACAUCAACUCUUCCCCUCAACAAGCACCUCUCGCUUCAAGCCACAGGCUGUCCAACCUCUUAUCUAACUUUCAACGUAACAGGGGUCCGAAGCCGGCAGAUGUGGAAGGACCCGCGAUUGGCAGCCUCAAAGCAGGACAGAGCCAAUCGUUUCCCCGAAGCACCGAUGAUCACGAUAUGCCGGGUAACAAACGCAGGAUAAGCUUCUCUUGGAUGAACAGGCACUCUGGAGGUGAAUCUAACAGAUCAAGCAUGGGGCCUACGUCUAGGCCAUUCUCUGCCAAGAGACUCAACCCCUUUGCCAGUAGUGCUGGAGCUCUUACAGGUGACAAUGACUUGCCACACUCGCGGCCCGCGUCGAUCACAUCCAUUGAUCUCCCUCGACCUUCGACGGACAGCGGCUCUAUCUGGAACAUUCCCGGGGAUUUCUCUAUGCUGGGAACGAAGGGAGUUUGGUCCCCGAAUGAAGGACGCUGGUCCUCUAGGAACCCGUCUCGCCGACCUUCGCUCGGUGCAGUACCGACUGUGCUUGAAACAACCCUUGCGACAGCCAAUGACGAGAUCCUUGACGAUGACGAUCUCCUCAACCCUCAAACAUCACCUAGCCAGGUCGGUGUUAUCGGAUCUCGCCCCCCAAGCCACCGUGCGUCCAUGAGUCGACAUCUCAACCCAGCGGCACCGACCUUCAGGACACCCUUCUUUACCCGUAGAGAGAGGGAUGCAAGUCCUGAUAAGGAUAAGUCGAAGGGCAAGGAGAAGGAGAAACGUGGAAAGUCCAAGGAAGUUCUGACCCCGACCAUUGAAGUGCCUCCAAACCUUGAUGAUUCACCUUCAGAUUCGCGGAUGUCUCGCGACACGUAUUCUGUUCACACACAAAACUCGAUAUCAGAAUCUCAUGAGUCUUUGGAUCUAGGCAUGACAGCCUCGAAUUCUACCACCGACAACAACGCCGCGAGCCACAAGGAUGCUGACAGUAGUGUUGUCAAGAAAUUGUUUAGGAAAGGAAGUUCUAGCAAGUUCAGUACCUUGUCUUCUAGGCUGAGUAAGGAUUCCGUCCUUUUCAAGAAGGGACCUGGCAGCAGCACGUUCUCCGAGAAGAAUAUGUCAGCAGAGCAUCGUUCCAGCAUUGGCGAUGCAGACGAAAUCGGGGAAGAUCUGUCUCAGCUUGGCCGCAGUUACGAAAGCGUGACUAGCAGCCCGUCGUUGGGUCAGGGGAGUUUCAAAUCGAAGGAGGCCCCUAAAGAGGGUCGCAUGGGCAUGGGAACAUGGCGAUUCUCGAUGAAAAAGAAAAGCAAGGAGCCUGCGUCAAAAGAGAAGGAGAGUAUGGAAAGUGACAGGCCUGCAGAUGAGUAGAGAGUGUAUAUUAUUGUGAUAUACAUUUAUGUGUAGCAGCAUUGAGAUUAAGUGUAAAGCGGAGUAGCGUAUUUGGCAUUAGCAUUUGGCAGCAGUGGAUAGUAAAUCAUAUAUAGCCCGACGGUUAUUCACAGCAUUGGCAAUCGCA